CUUAACCCAUUUAAUUUUUGCAUUUGUCAUUCCUUUCAGAUACCAUGUCAGAUAACGCAAUAAGCGCUCCGUCCAGGAAACUGGACGAGUUCGAGGAGCUCGUCUACGAGUAUACGGGGCGAAUGGGCAUGGGGAAAGACGGAAACUGGGACGUCGAUGCCCGCGACUGUAACCUCCGCUUCGAAUCCGCAACCCGUGGUCCUCCGGCUACAGUCUCAUUCCUAUUGACGAUCACUCCUGCGCUGAGCAAUUCCAUGGGUAACCUCCACGGAGGCUGUGCUGCUACUUUGAUUGAUAUUCUAUCAACCACUAUCUUGUUAGGCAUUUCCGAGCCGGGGAAGUUCUCUUUCGGAGGUGUCAGUCGCAACCUCAAGGUCACAUAUCUGCGGCCUGUACCUACCGGAACUGAAGUGCGUCUCGUUUGUGAAGUUAUUCAUGUUGGAAAGAGGUUGGCGUUGCUUCGGGCUGAGAUUCAGAGGGCGGAGAGCCGGGAUGUUUGUGUGAUUGGUGAACAUGAGAAGGCUAAUACAGACCCCGAGGUGACGCAGAGGAUUUGAUUUGGUUUUGCUUUUUUGAUAUGUAUGAGGACACCAUCGGGUUCUUAGAGACAGCUACUUGGAUAUCAAGUUGUAUAGACUUCAUUUGGAUCAAUAAAGUUGCCAAAUUCUAGCCAUUGUACGAGGAAAGAGCAUGUAGCCUAUGGCUGUGGUAGUGACCAGAAAUAUUGUGCUUCGUU